AUGGAUACCAUGGAACAAGAUGCAGCGACAAAUGCUCAGAUGGAUGUAAAGGUGGCGCGUGCGACCAAUAUCAUGCCACGUGUACAGGCGGAUGUAAAGAAGGCACGUUUGGAUCGUUCUGCAAUCAAACAUGCACAGGAAAGUGUCUUAUCUGUACGGCCUCAAAAGAUUGUCAAAAAUGUGAAGAUGGGUAUUUUGUGUCUGUUGGAUGGCCAUGUCAACAAUGUCACCACACAUGUGAAUUGUGUACCUCUUGGGAGAACUGUUCUACGUGCAGCUCUAAUGAAAGACAGAUAUGAAGACACAGUACCAGCAGUUGUAAUAGGAGGAGUAGUGGCCGCUGUUGUCAUAUUUGCUAGCGUGAUCACCUUUGGAGUAUUUAUCAAUCUACGUAGAAGAAAUCGAGAACCAACGACUGAACUCGUUCACGGACAAUCAGGCAAUGAAGACAAUGCAUCGGCACCAGUGUAUGCCACCGUAGCGCGUUGUGGAAAGCAGGAUAAUACCGGUAUGGUUUAUGCGAAUACGCCCUCUGUGGAAGCCAAUACCGCAACCGGACACGAUCCUGUCUACACAAAUGAUACCCGAAACCUGGCAAUCGUUACAACUGAGGAGAGUUUGGAGAUCGAUCAAUUGGACAAUAUUGCCCGCCAGAAUGCGAUCAGAUUUGAAGAGGAUGGAGGUGUGUACUACAACAACGACCGCGAAGUGAAGAAAUUCAAAAUACCAGUCGACGAACUUAAGAAGUUCGUGAUUUCUAAGAAUGUAAACUACUUCAAAACCGAGUUCGAGAAACUCCCGUAUGGUCUGCUGAAAGACUACACAGUGUCCCAGAUGAAGGCGAACAUCGCUAUGAACAGAUACAAAGGCAUCUAUCCCUAUGAUGAUCACCGAGUAAGAGUUCCUGGAGGAAACACGGACUACAUCAACGCCAGCUUCAUUGACACAGAAAAAUGCGAGCAGUACUGGCCGAAUGAAAGUUCGAGUCAAAUGUUCGGUGACGUCCGGGUUUUAUGUCAGAGUGAAAAACACUAUGCAGAGUUUACUAGACGGACGUUUACUAUUGAAAAGGAAGAAGAAGAGCGAACUCUGCACCACCUUCAUUUUACAUCGUGGCCAGAUAAAGACGUUCCAGAUGACGUCACGUCGAUCAUUGAUUUCAGACACAAAGUCCUACAUGCUACAUCAGUACUUGGAGGACCUACGAUCGUGCACUGCAGUGCCGGCAUCGGGCGGACCGGUACGUACAUUGCUAUAGACAUUCUCACGAAGGAGGGUGAGUCAGAACGGGCAGUAGAUAUAGCAGGAUGUGUGCUUAACAUGCGACAGAACAGGCCCAAUAUGGUCCAGACUGCGGUAGGGGCCUUGACUCCUCUUGCAUGUUAUCUGCAGUAA